AUGGCUUCGAAAAGAAAGUCGAAGCAGUUUGUGGAAGAUUCUGACUCCGAAGAGUUCUUGGAUGAUGAGCCAAAGAAAAAGGUAGCAGCAAAGAAGAAGACCAAGAGCGAAAACGAUUUCUUCGAACUAUCAGGGAAGCGACGACUGAGUAUUAGUGAAUUCAGAGGCAAGCUCCUGGUGGACAUCAGGGAGUUCUAUGAGGCAGAUGGUGAGAUGAAACCUGGAAGGAAAGGCAUCUCGCUGUCCCUGGACCAGUGGGAAAAACUGAAAACAUUGAUUCCACAGGUUGAUGAGCAACUGGCAGCGAAGAAAUAA